UUGUUUUAACUUUUAUUAUCGACCUUUGAUUUCAUUUAGUGAUCUUCACAAAUAAUUGUUCACUUAAAAGUACAGAUACUAGUAAGCGACAACCAGACAACUUUUCCUACCAAGUAGAAAGUAUCCUCUCUCCUACUUGGCUUCUUUGAUCUACAAAUUGUUUCGUUGAAGUGCUUAAUAACAUUAAUCAAAAUGGCUAGGUUCUUGUUUUUCUUUGGAAAAUUAAUAUAUGUUAUCGAUUAUCUGUUUAAAACUAUGAUACAUGGAAUAGAAAUUAUUUUCUUUUGUUUGGAUCUGCGAAUGUUUUGUUUUGCAUAUAGAUCAUUGGGGCACUGCACACCAGCGGUUCAAAUGUAAUUGUGUCAAAAACUCUGAUUGGGUAGUCUACUCGUCUCUCAGUUUCUUUACCUAUGCAUCUCUUCAAUCAUAUAAUUGUUCUAUAGCUAAUCCAUUUGUUAAAAGUCCAUUCCAGACUUUAGUUUAAGUUUAUUAAACCAAUCCUCAUUACCAAAUUCAAUGUCAAACAGUAUCGCCCGCAAUGACAUUGCACCCCUACUAUCAAUAAUCGCCGUCAGGUAGCUGUUUGAUUUUAAUUAUUUUGUUUUAUUUUACAGUGCCGCGUAAAAUUAUUUUGUUGUUUACUGUAUCAAAAAUUCUCAACAUUCAAUUUCACCUAAUGUCAUUCCGGUUGGCCGUACCCACUAUCUGUAUGCCGCAUGCAGGGGCGAAUUGUUGUCUAAACAUAAACAAACUUGAUGUCUUCAAAAUGCAGUUAGAUAACAAUCGUUUUGUUGGUACCAUUUAGGAAAGCAAUAGAAACCAUGAUUUUAAGGCUUCUCUCGUAUCCCACCAGUCGCUUUGGAAAAUCUAUCACCAGUCUGGCCAAUGUACGAAACUGGUGUCCAGCUCCGGGGAAUGCAUUUCGAUCCACCGUAUGUCGGCAACAGUCGACACAAGUGUCGGCAAACCGUGUGUAUGAUGUGAAUACCAAAGUUCCAAAGGAUGUAAUGCUGUUUAAGUACGAGAAUCCGCGAUUCUUCAAAAUGCUGAACAUUUUCGCAGUGUCGCAGUUUCUCUUCUGGGGUUACCUAUGUCACUUUUCAUACACCACCCUCAAGGACGCUCCCGUACAAGAAGAUGGAAAGGAGGAUCUUCCAUGGUAUAAGCGGGUGAAUUUGGGCGAAAAUAAAUAUCGCAAUGGUAUUGCCAUCAUGUGCUUUUUCAUAGGUUACGGAGUCUUGUUCGCUUCGUGGAUUUUCACAUUACGAUCCGUGCGUUACUUGGUGCUGCGGAAAGGUGGCGAUAAGGUCAGCGUGGUCACGUAUGCUCCUUUUGGAACGAACCGCAUCAUGGAUGUUCCACUAAAGUAUGUUUCUGCGCAAGAGUCUAGAGAAGCCGCUCGUGUCACGGUACCGGUAAAGAUAAAAAAUCGGGCAUUGUUUUACAUGCUAGAUAUGCGAGGUGAAUUUACAAACCACAAGCUUUACGAUUACACGGUCGGAUUAAGCCGGAAGCUUAAAUGAUCGAUAGGAGAAUGAAAAAUAAACAUCCACAAGGAAAUUACAUUUUAAA